UCCGGGAAAUUUCCUCACAUUGGUAGCUACUUGCCAGCAGUUAAGUUAUAAUUCUAUUCAAUACUUUUUGAUAAAUUAUUAAUCUUAAAUUAAUAAUUGCUAGUUUGCAGGAAUGUUGAGUAACGAGGCUUUUCAGAGACAAUUAUCUACCAUUGUCGAGGUAUUAGUUGCAGCGUCAGUCGCGGAGAUGGGCAGACUCCUCGAUGAGUGCUCUGCUACUGUUAUGCCUCUAAAGUUGGUCCAGCAGAAUGAGGAAAGUAUUUUGCUAAAGAGUAGGCUUCAACGUGCUAACAAAAUCAAUACAAGACAAUUUUCAUCAUUCAUGGAGAUGUUGGGUAAAACAUUGUUGGAAAAAAUGGCAAUGUUAAUGAAUGUGAUCAUGGUCGAAAAGGAGAAGACUGCCACAGGCAUGAGCGCCCAGAGGCGUGUCAGUCGGGCAAGGGGGACAGAGGAAGGAGCACCAAGAGGAGACAGUCUUCAUUUCCACAACUACUGCACUGACGCCGUCUCUGAGAGUGCUCAUCAAGAGGAGGAUGACUUUAACCUCCAGACCUCACCUGCCUCAGAGACACAAGACAACCAGAGAAACACGGAGCCAAACUCAGGCAGGAAUGGAGAAGAUGCCCAGUGUGGAGGGGAACCUACUGGAGGAGACAAUCUUCAUUUCCACAAUGACUGCACUGACCCCGUCUCUGAGAGUGCUCAUCAAGAGGAGGAUGACUUUAACCUCCAGACCUUACCUGCCUCAGAGACACAAGACAACCAGAGAAACACGGAGCCAAACUUAGGCAGGAAUGGAGAAGAUGCCCAGUGUGGAGGGGAACCUACUGGAGGAGACAGUCUUCAUUUCCACAACUACUGCACUGACCCUGUCUCUGAGAGUGCUCAUCAAAAGAAGGAUGACUUUAACCCCCAGACCUCACCUGCCUCAGACACACAAGACAACCAGAGAAACACGGAGCCAAACUCAGGCAGGAAUGGAGAAGAUGCCCAGUGUGGAGGGGAACCUACUGGAGGAGACAGUCUUCAUUUCCACAACUACUGCACUGACCCUGUCUCUGAGAGUGCUCAUCAAAAGAAGGAUGACUUUAACCCCCAGACCUCACCUGCCUCAGACACACAAGACAACCAGAGAAACACGGAGCCAAACUCAGGCAGGAAUGGAGAAGAUGCCCAGUGUGGAGGGGAACCUACUGGAGAUGUGGUAUUGCUCUCUGAAUUUGAUCAUCAAGAGGAAGUUCACCUUAAUCCCCAGCUCUCGCCUUCAUCAAACCCAGAGAAACAAGAUGGCAAGCCCUCAAACAUGGAGCCAAACCCAGGCAGGAUUGAAAAAGAAAAUUCAGAUACAAGUGAUGCCACCGGAGCAGUGAAGAGGCCAUUCAUUUGCGACGUUUGUGGAAAGUGUUUUCGAUUGGAGAUGCACGCUUAAAGCCCACCGUAAUCAUCACACCAAACCCUUUAGCUGCCCACAGUGUGGGAAAGGUUUUGGUACGAAGACUGGGUGUAAUAAUCACCUCUUGGCGGUACAUUCUAAAGACAAGCCCUUCAAAUGCACAGAUUGUGGGAAGGUGUUUGCAAUGAGAAAUAGUUUGGCCAAACACAGGGAUUUCAACCCAACUCUGCACACCUGCACAACAUGUGACAAAAUCGUUCAGUGGGGAACAUGCGCUAAAACGGCACAACUUCAGUGAUCACCCGGAAAAGACAUACAUCUGCUCUUUGUGUCCAAAAACCUUUCGGUCAUGGCCAAUAUGG